CACAGCACGAGAAUUUCGACGCUGGACUUCAAGUCGGCGAAGCGGCAGUGAAAGCACGAUGAACAUCGUAGUGGCGUCGGCUGAGCUGCUUCCACAGAUCGUCCAGUUUCAAGAGGGCGUGUACUUCGAAGUCCACACACUCAUCCCUCGCAUGUACGCCAACAACUUUGAUCUGUUUCCGUUCCAGGUGUCGUACGUUGGCUGCCACGCCGUUCCAUCUGACGGGAAAUUCGAUCGCGUUCUGUCUGCGUUUGACUCCAUCUUUUCGCCCUUCUAUGGACAGUAUGGCGUCGUCGGUGUGGAUCGACUUCUCAAGUGUGCUCCAAAGCUCAGUUGUAUUGUCUUGGCCCAUGCAGCGCGUUCGGGGCGGAUGGAUCUGCUCCGCCAGUAUCCUCAAGUGAACCGUGAUCUCUUCCAGCGAGUCAGCCUCGUGGAGCAGGCAGCUCGCUUCGGGCAUCUUACGGCUGUGGAUUAUUUGCUUGGCAACGGUCACCCACCGUGCGUUCUCGACGUUCCUGCAGCGCAUGGUCACUUCGCUAUCGUCCAGCGACUGCAUCACACAACGAGGGCAUUUUGCACCCCAAAUGCCAUGGACAUGGCGGCGAAGAACGGACAUCUGAACAUAGUGGAAUUCCUACACACGUAUCGAACCGAGGGAUGCACGGUGGCAGCGCUGGACGACGCCGCGAAAGCAGGACACGUGGCCAUUGUGCGGUUUCUACUCGUGAAUCGCACAGAAGGUGGGAGCGCAUAUCUCCCUGACGACGUGGCUGCCGCAGGACACCUAGGCGUUCUACAUAUGCUUCAUGAUGCUGGCAUGCGGUGCACGUCCGAUGCAAUGGACCGCGCGGCCGGCCACGGACAUUUCGACCUCGUGGUAUGCCUCCACGAACUCGACGGGUGUUCGUCACGUGCCAUGGACUUGGCUGCUGAGAACGGCUUCAUGAACGUCGUGGAGUUCCUGCACAACACUCGACAUGAAGGGUGCACAACUUACGCCAUGGACCGCGCCGCCAAGAAUGGAUUCCUGGACGUUGUUCGAUUCCUCCACACGAGCCGUGACGAAGGUUGCACGACCAAUGCCGUCGACUGGGCUGCGCGCAACAACCAAGUCGAAGUCGUUCUCUUCUUGUGCACGCAUCGACACGAAGGAUUCACGCACCGCGCCGUCGUGGACGCUCAAACCAUGGGUCAUGCCGCCGUGACGUCGAUCUUGAUGCAGCACAGUCACUUGAACACAACCACAACGAUGAGUUGUUCCUUCUAACACGAAUCCAGCGUGUACUUUCACGUCUGCC